UCACUUUGCAGCUGUUGCAAGCCCACUCGUCCUGAAAGCAACAAGUUGUUUUGUUUUUUACUACAGCGAAAUCAAAUCAGGAGCCUGCGGCGAGAGGGGUUAACGUUGUGUGCGCGAGAGAAAAUCGGAUAAUUCAAGCCUGCGGGCGGACAAGCUGUUGAUAGUGUCAGGAUUGAGGGAAGUAAAAAACGGAAAAUCGACUGACGUGAGGCUGUUCCUUUGCAGAGAGACGGUACUUGUGACUUCGGAGUAACGCGGACACGGCAGCGGCUGAAGGACAGCGGACAGGGACAUCAGCAAACAGAGAGACAGAGAACAAGGCAAGAAACGCUCGGGACGAGACGCGGGAUUUUGAGGGAGAGAGCGGCACCGCGAGGACUCCAGCGGGCGUCAUGACGGGAGAGACACCGAUGGCAGGCAACGAGCAACCCACGGAGCUCAAGCAGCUCGACCCGGACGGAAACUACAAGUUUGAGAACGGCUCGGCGGUGGUGGAAGAUGACGGAGACGAGAAUAAGGAGCGCGGGAACUGGUCCAACAAACUGGACUUCAUCCUGUCGUGUGUCGGCUACGCUGUCGGACUCGGCAACGUCUGGAGGUUCCCCUACCUCGCCUACCAGAACGGAGGAGGUGCGUUCCUGGUGCCGUACACCAUCAUGUUGGCGUGUGCCGGCCUGCCAAUCUUCUUCCUGGAGCUGGCCUACGGACAGUUCUCCAGCCAAGGCCCUGUGGGAGUCUGGAAGGCCAUCCCACUAUUGCAAGGAGUUGGUGUGUGCAUGGUGUGCGUGUCGUUCCUGGUGGGAAUCUACUACAACGUGAUCAUCGCCUACGCGCUGUUCUACCUGUUCGCCUCCUUCACCAGCUACCUCCCCUGGACCGACUGCAACAACCCCUGGAACACGCCCGAGUGCGCCACAAAAGCGUGUCAGCAGACGGUAAACGCGACGUUUCAGAACGUGACGUUAGGCGGCGAGCUGUACUCCAUGUUCGGUCUGUACGACGAGAACGGGACCUGGGUCAACGGGACGUUCUGCGGCAAUAAGGAGCGCAAGAGCCCCAGCGAAGAUUACUGGAAUCACUAUGCCCUGGAGAUCACCCCCGGGAUCCACGAGCCGGGCGGAGUGAAAUGGCAGCUGGCUCUCAGCCUGGUGCUGGCCUGGGUCAUCGUCUUCUUCAGCCUCUGCAAGGGAGUCAAGUCUUCUGGAAAGGUUGUUUACUUCACGGCGACCUUCCCGUACUUCGUGCUGGUGAUCCUGCUGAUUGUCGGCGUCCUCCAAGACGGCCACCUGGACGGAGUUCUCUUCUUCAUCACACCCAAGUGGGAGAGACUCAAGGAGGCCAAGGUAUGGAAGGAUGCUGCCACCCAGAUCUUCUACUCUCUGUCAGCAGCCUGGGGCGGCCUGAUCACCAUGGCUUCUUACAACAGAUUCCAGAACAACUGCUACAAAGACACCCUGAUCGUGUCCCUGAUGAACUGUUCCACCAGUGUGUUCGCCGGAUUUGUUAUUUUCUCCAUCCUGGGCUUCAUGGCCAAGCAGAUCGGAGUGGACGUGGAUGAUGUGGCAGCCUCUGGGCCUGGGCUUGCGUUUAUUGCAUAUCCUGAGGCCCUUACGAAGCUGCCCGUGCCCCCGAUUUGGGCCAUCCUGUUCUUCCUCAUGCUGCUGACUCUCGGCCUCGACACACAGUUUGCCAUCAUCGAGACAGUGACGACGACGGUUUGUGACCAGUUUAAGAUCGCCCACACGGGGAUCAAGAAGACCCUCAGCACCCUGGCCUUCUGCAUCGUCAUGUUCCUGCUCGGACUCCUCUGUGUCACGAGGAGUGGUCUGUACUGGGUGAACCUGAUUGACAACUUUGCUGCCUCCUACUCCCUCAUGGUCAUUGCCAUCACUGAGAUGCUGGGAAUCUCAUGGAUCUAUGGCAUUAACAACUUCUGCAGAGACAUAGAGAUGAUGGUUGGUUUUAAACCUGGCUGGUACUGGAAGGCCACCUGGGCUGUCAUCUCUCCUGGACUGCUGAUCUUCAUCUUCAUCUUCAGUCUGGUGGAGUACAAGGCCCCGACGCUGAAUGACACGUACAUCUACCCCGGGUGGUCGCAGGCCAUCGCAUGGCUCAUGGUUCUCUUCGGCACCAUCUGGAUCCCCGCCAUCGCCAUCUACAGGAUCGUAACGUCGCCGGGAGACACCUUCAUGGAGCGUUUAAAAUUCGCCUGCAAGCCAGCGCCGGACUGGGGCCCGUACCUGAACCAGCAUCGCGCCCUGGACUCGGAACGGUACCAGGCCAAGCCCGACCCCUCCAAGCAGAUCGUCAACGAUCCGUACGCAGACAUCGGCACCAAGAUUUAACCUUUAACCUCCGACCCCGCACUCAGGGAAACCUGUAGCUACGGUAACCGUAACCAUGGGAACUAGCCACGCCCACACCACACACUCCUCAGUAGUAGACGUAUGUAAAAACGCCGGUGAGAGACCCAGCCCAGGGCGGGGGGGCGAAGUUCUAACCUUCGGGGAAAGUCGUUGUCGUUGUUGUAAUUUUCGACAACGACGUAGCAACAAUGUUUAAGGGUGGGACCUUCUAGCUCAGUAAGUGUCAAUAGUUUGCGCACGGAUUUAGUGAGAGAAGUACUAGAGGCCGGGAAUAAUUGGAGGAAAACACCACCCUUUUGGCCACAAUACGUUGGUAGCAAAGAAAAUUGUACAUGAGGUGUCCAGAUCAGCGAAAGGGACCGUUAAGGCAGAAAUGUAGCGAUUGGGGUCGAAUCCCUAAAGAAGAAGAGUGAAAUUGUAACCAAGGGGAUCAACGACUCGCCAUGAGAGUUUGGUGAAGUGGACUAACCGAAGACAUAUAUGGUAUCCUGAAUCAUUAUCGUGACCUCCUGUAUAUAAAACAAACUGUAGAUCGUGCUUUCGACGUUUGACUGUACCGUAAUAUUCGCUGCCAAAAAAGAGAGAAUCGUGGUGACGUCAGCUUAACCCUUGCAAGCGCUAGCUUGUGCUUUGGAUGUGCUGUACAUUGCAGACUGUGUGCCAUUGUGGUGUGAAUGAUGCCAUAUUCCCCUGUAGAUAUUAGCAUUGCUUACGAAAAUACUGUGCCAAGACGAAUUUACCUUGUUUUUGCAGUAACUGUAAUCUAGGCAGCAUGCUUGCUUGUAUAAAAAUCGACAUGCAUGGUUAGACCUGCCCAAAAGGCCUUCAGUUCUAGUGCUAUUUAUAAGCAGAUUCUGGUUAUAUUAACUUAUUGCGUUUUUGCCCAUGCAGUUCUGAAAUACUACCCUGCAAAAGUUAGAGCUGUAUAUGUAUAUAAAAUAAACGUUGGUGUGAAUUUCGUGGAAAUAUUAAUGCUUAGAAUGGCCCCAGUUGUUUUACUUGGAUUUUUACAUAGUUUAAUGGGAAAACAAGUUCUGAUUUAACUAUGCUUAAAAGUAUAAUCUUAUGUAUAGACACAACUCUAUUAAUUAUAACGGUACUCUAAUUCCAGAAUGUAACCAAAUAAGAUAAAGGUUUUUCAACAUAUCUUUCAUUGUUAUCAGUGAGGUUAAAGAACUGUGGUUUCUAUAGGCUGCCAUAAUAUCUUUGAUAUGAUAUUUUGGCUUUUGAAUGUGUUGAAAAAACACAAUGUUUAAGCUUUAUGGUACUCAUGACAAAUUGUUGAUAUGUUGUACUUCAGCAAUUUAUGCCAAAACUAUCAGAGAAAAGCAUGCAUAUAAGACAAGAGCAUUGUCUUACUACUGAUUCUUGAAGGCAAGACCAUAAUGUCUUAGUGCCAAGUUGAUUCUUUUUCUUCAGUCUUAAGCGAAGAUCUUAAUGUGCUGCUGUGGAGUAAGAGCAAAAUUUAAACCCAAGACGAUUUCGUUGACAAAUCUUGGAUUUCUAAGACGAAUUUUGUGGAAAUUCUUGCGGAAAUUUUUUUGAGAUGAAUUUUGUGCAAAUUUUUCCCAUUCGGCCCGUCAUGUUUGUUUA